UCGCUCUCAAGUCGGCCGGUCGCGCCGUGUGUCACACAACUAAGUCAGUGCGAAGCGAGCCGCGCGCUAGGCCUGUGUCGCGCCGCACCGCAACUUGCCUCUCGCACGACGACCCAACUUCCCGGUUGUGUUUUGUUACGCGAAAAUACACAAAACUUUCGUGUUUAACUUGCGCUAAAUUUAAUAUAACUUUACCGGAUCAACACGAGAAGUGAGACGGAGGAGUAAUGCCUGUUAACAAAUGAUUCGUUGAUUAAACCGACGAGGUUUGAGUGGAAUUCAUGUUCAGUGAGUGUGGCGAGGAUGACAACCGCACGUUUAUUUAUUACAGAUCUGCUCUAUGAGCUAUGACCAAGCCCAGAAAUAUUGUUUCGUUUUAUUGAACUGGUGUAGAUAAAACACCAAUCAAAUGUGGGACCGAGUGGAAUAGUGUUCAAAAUGAGAAGACUCAAGUGGGUGUCGAGACUGGAUAGCGGCGGUAGAUGGCAGCAGCGGACGGUGACGCGCUGAGGCAGGAUGGCGACGCACGCGCAGGGCGGGCCGCUCGCGCGCCUACUAGUACUGGCUGUAUUACAUGUCAAUUUUAUUGCACUAGGUCUAGAGCCGGACUUCCUAUACCCCCUGGAGAACGUGACGAUCGCUCAAGGCCGGGACGCGAUGUUCACGUGCGUGGUCAAUAACCUGGGCGGUUACAGGGUGAGUGGCGACUCCGCCACGGCCAGGGUAGCGUGGAUCAAAGCAGACACGAAGGCGAUCCUGGCGAUACACGAGCACGUGAUAACGAACAACGCGAGGCUGAGCGUCACGCACAACGACUACAACACGUGGACGCUAAACAUUAGGGGCGUCAAGCGGGAAGACAGAGGACAAUAUAUGUGCCAAGUUAACACUGACCCUAUGAAAAUGCAGACAGCAUUUUUGGAAGUAGUAAUCCCUCCAGAUAUAAUUUACGAAGAAACGUCUGGGGACAUGAUGGUACCAGAAGGAGGGUCAGCCAAGCUGGUCUGCAAAGCCAGGGGUUACCCUCCUCCUAAAAUUGUAUGGCGUAGAGAAGAUGGGGGAGAUAUCAUUUCAAGAGGGGGACCUCAGGGGAAGACGAAAGUGACGUCACUAGAAGGAGAAAUAGUGAAUCUCACGAAAGUGACGCGCUCAGAGAUGGGCGCAUACCUGUGCAUCGCUGCGAACGGAGUACCGCCCUCAGUGAGCAAGAGAAUAAUGCUGCAUGUACACUUUCACCCAUUGGUGCAAGUGCCUAACCAGUUGGUAGGCGCUCCGACGGGGACCGAUGUCACUCUUCAGUGCCACGUCGAGGCCUCGCCGAAAGCCAUCAACUAUUGGACCAGAGAGAAUGGUGAAAUGAUAAUAUCGAACGACAAAUACCAGAUGACUGAGAUCAACAGCUCUGCCUACAGCGUGCAGAUGCGGCUCGUUAUCCGAAACAUACAGAGAAGUGACCUCGGAGGCUACAAGUGCAUAUCUAAGAACUCUAUAGGCGACGCCGAAGGCAACAUUAGGUUAUACGAAAUGGAGUUGCCAAAUCGCAAGUCUCGCGACGACGACGAUCGCGACUACUCUAUCGAAGAAACAAAUGACGUCCGCUCCAGUCUUCAGGGUCCACUCCGGGAAGGUGGGCCAAGAGACGAGGACGCGAGCUUCUUAGGCGGAGGCGGGCACGUCACCGCCGCCGCGUCCGCGCUCUCCGUGAGCGCAACCUUUUUAAUAACGACCUUAGUCCUCGCUACAUGCUAAACUUUUACUUAUAGCCAUGUGCAAAGUUAAGACGAAAAAAUCCUCGAAAGUUACUCGUUUUCAGAUUAUAAUAGGAGUUUUUAUGGCGUGUAAAGUGAAAGUACUGACCGGAUAAGUACUGCAAAUGCAGAAAUUCAUUUUAUUAUGACCGAUAUAAUAUUUUUUUACUUUUUCUGGUGUAAAUUGUCUCCUGACUACUUAUCAUCGAUGAUGUCCAUUAAAAUCUAAAUAAAUAUUUAGUUUUCAUAUUCAAUUUUCUCCUUCAAAAGGAUUUGUU